CCCACUGUCUGUCUCUGAUGGUACCAAGAAUUCACUUGGACUAAGAGAAUGGACGACGGCACCUGUGGUCGUUCAGAUUACGAAUAUCUGUCAGAGAUAGGCGAGGGCGCCUAUGGUAAAGUGUAUAAAGCCAGGGAGAUCGGCGGAAAACAGCGUGUUGUUGCGGUGAAAAAGCUCAAUUUACCUGAGGAUCCUGAGAGUGGAAUACCGGCCUUCAUGGUUCGCGAGGUGGCGCUAUUGCGCAAAAUCGAAUACUUCAACCACCCAAACAUUGUAAAACUUUUCGAUGUGUCAGCAUGUGUUAGGAACCAGUCACUGGACCUGACGCUUGUGUUUGAGUAUAUUGAUCAAGAUUUAACAUCAUUUAUGAGCUGUACUGAAAAUGGAUUGAGCCGAGAAAAAAUUAAGGAUGUGAUGCGACAGCUGCUGAAGGGCCUGGACUUCUUGCACUCUAAUAUGUUGGUGCAUAGAGACCUGAAGCCUGACAACAUAUUAGUCAGCAGUCGUGGGGAGGUGAAGAUUGCUGAUUUUGGCUUGGCAAGGAUCUACACCUAUCACAUUGCCCUCACCCCUUGUGUGGUGACUCUGUGGUACCGGGCUCCAGAAGUUCUGCUCCACUCGGGCUACAUGUCGUCAGUGGACGUCUGGAGUGCUGGCUGCAUCUUUGCAGAACUCUUCCUCUCGAGGCCUUUGUUCCGAGGGUUUACUGAAGCUCAGCAAUUGAAGAAGAUCUUUGAGGUGAUUGGUUUGCCUAGUGAAGAAGACUGGCCCAAAGAAAGCCCGAUCCGCUAUUCCUCCGCUUGGGGUCCAGCCGGCAUGGCACGACCUGGCACCCAGCUCCUUCCCAGCCUUGGCAUGCAGGAGAACAACCUGCUUUUCGAAUGUUUGACUUUCAAGUCAUCCAAUCGCAUCUCUGCUUGUCGAGCCCUAGCCCAUCCCUUCCUGGCAGAGCUCUAACACCGGCAGAUAGGAAGUAGAGAGAUGAGGCCUCAAGGUUCCUCCUCCCAGCGCUUUAACUUAUUUAUAUUGCAGAGGGAUGUGACCGUCAAUUACAUUGCUCAAUUUAUGCAAGUCAAAUCUAUUGUUUACAAUGAAUUUUCAUGUUCCGUGUGGCCAGCAUGUGUUAUUUCAUUUUCAUUUUUUUUUUUAAUUUGUUUUGUAUGUAACAUAUUAGUAACUGAAAGUUUUUCUUUGUUAUGUCAUUAAUUGGCUUAUAAGUACGGAGUCACCUUCCAUGAUAACAUUCUCUGUUAUCAGAACCAUAGAGGCCAUUUAAUAUUUUCCUUUUUACUGUGUGUUUUUUUCUCCUUUAGCAAAAAAAUAAUGACAGGCAACGUUAACCAGUUACACUGUAAUGUAUGAAUUGUGAUUGUAGCCCUUGUUUACAGUUUGUGGGCUGGGUUUGAUGUCACUCACAGUCAGAUCAAAUUUGCUGAAAGGUUAUGUCUCAUGAAAUAAAACUCCUUUUUCACA